UGGCGCAGGCGCCGUGCGCGCCUCUAUUGUCUUCCCCGGCAGCCGUCCGGAGGGCUGGCCGCACCGACGGCGAGGCGGGAGCGCGGCCGGCUGCAUCGCGGACAAAAGGCAGCCUCGGGGUGCGACGGCGGAAGGCGGGCAGCCGGAGCCGGGGGGCUGAGCCUGGGGGUGCAUGGCCGGCUGAAGGGCGCGCUUGGACGGAGGGGCUGCUGCUGCAAGGAGAGGCCGGGCCUGGCCGCCGCCUGGAUGCGGAGCAGCGCUAGAGGACCCGAGCAAAGCCGCGGCGGCGGCGGCGGCCGGCAGCGCUUCUCCCUUCUUCCGUAGGGCGGGCCCCGAAGGCGGGGCGGCGCUGGCCACGCUGCCUCGCCGCCGUGGAUGAACCCGGGAGGCGCGGCGGGCCGCCCGUUGGGGCGCGGCGGCGGCGGCGGCGGCGGCUGGGGGAGAAGGAAGCGGAGGAGGGGCUGCGGCGGCGGCGGCGGCAGCAGCAGGGUCGACGGCGAGGCGAGGAGGAUGCCCGGCUCCGGGGGCGCCCUUAGCUGCUAGUGGUCGGCUGCCCGCCCCCUCCCCGCCGCUCGGCAUGGGCGGCAAGCAGAGCACGGCGGCGGCGGCGGGGCGCUCGCGGGGCGGCGUGUCGAGCGACGACAGCGCGGUGCCGCCGCCCGGAGGAGCGCCCCACUUCGGGCAGUACCGGGGCGCGGGCGGCGGAGGGGCCACCAUGGGCUUGCGCAGCCGCUCCGUCAGCUCCGUGGCCGGCGUGGGCGUGGGGCUGGGCGUGGAGCCGGCGGCGCCCGGCAGCGUCCCCUUCGGGCUUUACACGGCGGCUGCGGCGGCCGCGGCGGCGGCGGACUCGGAGCGGGGCCCUGGCGGCGGUGGCGCCGGCAGCGGGUCGGGCGCGGACUCCACCCCUUUCGCCCAUGGCAACGGUUACCAGGAGACGGGAGGCGGUCACCAUAGAGACGGGAUGCUCUACCUGGGCUCUAGGGCCUCGCUGGCCGAUGCGCUGCCUUUGCACCUGGGACCCCGGUGGUUUAGCUCGCACAGCGGUUUCAAGUGUCCCAUUUGCUCCAAAUCCGUGGCUUCCGACGAAACGGAAAUGCACUUUAUCAUGUGUCUGAGCAAGCCCCGCCUCUCCUACAACGACGACGUGCUAACAAAGGAUGCAGGCGAGUGUGUAAUCUGCCUGGAAGAACUCCUGCAGGGGGACACGAUAGCUCGGCUUCCCUGCCUGUGCAUUUACCACAAGAGCUGUAUAGAUUCCUGGUUUGAAGUGAACAGAUCAUGCCCUGAGCACCCUUCAGAUUGACCCUAGCAAUGCUAGCAGAUCUCUCCCCAGGUAAUAUCCUCCAUUUGCCCCUUCCUCUCCACUCCCUCCUCCAAAGCAGCUCUGGAACCCUGUGGGAUGACAGUGUGUGUGUGGGGGGGGGGGGGGGGAUUUGUGUUACUUCUCGGCUUAAAAAGGGCAGCAAGACCCCAAAGAAAAGCCACUGCCUUUGCAGAGCCGUACCUUGGCAGCCUUCUGCCGGGGGAGGGGGGGAGGACUGCCGUGUGCAAGGUCCUGCAGAGACCCCCUCCCCCAGAGCCAUCAUGACGUUUGGUCCAGAUCCAGCUGCCAGCCAAACGGAGCACAAGAGAGGGUCGACACCGUACUGACAAGGAACUUUGGUCCUCCUGCCACAUCGCGGGUCACACUUUUUUGCACUGAAAAGGUGGAAUUUUUUUUUCUUCUUUUUUCUUGGAACCAGGAAUAGAGACGACCCCGGCCCCACCCACACCCCAAGGAGGAAAGGGCAUUUUUCUGUCUUGUUUUUUGAAGGCGUUGUAGGUUUGUCUUUCAAGUGUUUACAAAAAAAAACAGCCAUUUUGUGUCAACUGAUGUGUGUUCCUGGUGAUGUUUACAAGACUGCAUCCUCUUGGCCUCCCUGCUAGAGUCAUUCGGCACCUGAGCAGCUGAAUCUCUUCUCCCACCCACCCCCACCCUGCCCCCCUUUGCCUUUUCCUGGGGACGCCACACCUCAUUGCCAAAAGUCCCCUGAGGUUUUUUCCCCCCUUCCUCCUUAGCGAGUCUCGGUCGGAACUUCCCACUCCAGGGUGGUUGUGGGGACAUCCUGAAGGGCUGUGGCCAUUCACAAGUGUCCUGCUUAAGUUGCCUGAACCUCUCUCAGCCCUGUGUGGAAAAUGUACCUGGAUUGUCAAGUGGCACAGAGAUACACAAGUACCCCCCCUCCCCCCAAACUCUCCACCCUUCUCCCAAUCCACGUUUGAGCACGAAGUGGAGAAUGUCUCAGCCAUGGGAAAAGCCCCUGCUGGCAGCCAUCAUCCAGCAGGGAAAAAGGUAUCUGUAUUUAUAUAGUUAAAAAAAAAAUUACAAAAAUUACAAAAAAAACACACAAAAAAACUUUAAAGCUUGGGAAGGGAAGCUUCCCCUAUUAGUCAAGGUGUUUUGAUAUGGUAUUAAACAAUGUUCAAUAAAAUAGUCACUGUUAUUUUA